AUGGAGGCCCCUGGUGUACAGCGUGGUGUAGGAUUUGCCGUGGCCACCGGCAUCGAAAAUGGUCCAUCAAUAACCGCAUGCGAAAGUGUUUUCCCUGAUACGGUAGCAGCAGCGGCGAUGGUAGCAACGGGAGAGGAGGAGCCACUGCCCGGUCAACAAGUAGUGGGUGUUCGUAUGCUGUGCGAAGGCGUAACAGAGUUGCACCCAGCGCGCCCUGCUGUACAGAUACCUGGUGCUGUAGCUGCGGAUCCAGCAGAGGCAGCAGAAGGAGCAGUCAUUGCUCCUGUCACUCCUGCGGACUUUCCGAACGUUAAGUGUCUCCAACUUAGCAACCAGAACCUGAUUCAACUUAGCAAUCUGGAAACUUUCACAAGGCUGGAAUCCCUGCGAGUGGACAACAAUUUGCUCCGACGGAUUGGAGGAUCCUUGAGCUGCUUGUCCUCCUUGCUUUGGUUGGACCUUUCAUUUAACAGGAUUGAGGUGAUAGAGGGUCUGGAGGCCUUACCCAACCUCCGUGACCUCUCACUUAGUUACAAUCGCAUAGAGAACAGCAGGAGACGCAUUCUCUCUCUCCUUCCGUCCUUAGAGUAUUUGGACUUUAGACUUCUUUCGCCUUCCGAGAAAGCUGCAGCAGCAGAAGGGCUUCUUCCCGACCAUUACCAACAGCAGGUCGAGUUGAUCCGCGCACAACAGCAGCAUGAGCAGGAGCAGCAACACCAGCAACACCACGAGCAAGAGCAGGAGCAGCACCAGCAACGUGUGGAAAGAUGGUUUGAGCUGCCACAGGAGCUUGUUACUAAUAUCUUUGGGGAGGAGCUACCUCCAGAGGUUCAGUGCCUCAACUGCUUGCAGUCUCACAGAGAUAACUUCUUCCAAACAGUUGGGGCGCUCGUCGCUGCAACGCGGAAGGCACUAGAGCAAAACGGAUCGACGCUGCAGCAACGGAUGCGAUCGUUUAGAGCUGCCUCAGCAGACCUUGAAGCGAAAGCGGAGAAGCAUGCACUCUAUGAGCUUCGCCAGGCGGAAACUCGGAGAAAGGCAGUGCUAGGGCAACUGCAGGAGCUUAGCAAAGAAGUUAUUGCUGUCAUUGCAGAGCGCAUGGAAGAAGAAAGCCAAACGGACGACGCAGCAUCUAAUUCUUCUCGCAUUAGCGGCGAAUCAUUGUCGCUUUCCAGCUUGGCUGCCAUGGAAGACCGUUGCGCCUCCCUGGAGAAAAGCUGGGAAGAGGAGCAGCAGGCUUUAUCGCAUGCGCUGCUGGAGCAUGAACACAAUCUCGCUGAGGCCCUGGCCACAGCAACUGUUGCUAUGGAGUCGGAGGCGGAGGCUGCCACGAAGCUGGCGUUAGAGCGGGUAGGGGACCUCUUCAGACAGAUAGAGACUCAUAUCAAGGCAUUCUCAUCCCAACUAGCCACAGCAGCUAGCCAUGAAAUCACCACGUUCCUCUCCACAGAAGCAGUAGAGGAAAAGGACCCAAGGGCCCAGUUCUUCAUGAAAAGGGAGGACUUGCUGGGAUCUGUGAGCGCAUUGGGAGAGCAGCAGCAGCAAGCAGUAGUAGUGUUGGAGGACCUACUGCAGCAGAGACUUCAGCAGCAGCAGAAAGAGUGGUUUGCUGCUGAGAGGCGACGGCAGCAUGUGCGCCACCGGCUCCGCAUCCAAGAAUUCCAUUCGGUAACAGCAGCAAAUCAGCAACAGGUUGCUGCCGCUGCUGCAAGAAUCAGAGCAGCCCUCUCUAAUAAAGAUUUAAUGACCUGA